AUAUAUCUAAGCUGCUUUAAAAUUUGUGUUACUUUAUAACGAAAGACUUAGAAUUUACAAUAGUAUUUAUAAAAAUAUUCUUGCAAAGUAUAAAAUAAACUUGAUAUAUUUUGAACGAAGUUUAUUUAUUAGUACUAUUAUCAGUUCUAAUAGAAGUUCUAGUCUACUGCUGAACGCAUAUUAUGAAAUACGAAUAGGUCAGAAUGUCUUCAAACAUACUGCACGUCAUACGAGGUAUUGGGCAUGAAAUUAGACAUUCUUCAUCCACGAAAUCGGUUAUUCAAAAUCCUACCUUCAGAUACAUACUGGAACAAACACGGAAGCAUCAGGUUACAGAAAAACGAGUAUGUAGAGGUCAGGCAGAACUCCAGUACCUAGCUCACACCUACCUUUGUUACUUAAGUAGUAUAAGAAGACAAAAGGAACUUCACGAGAUGUAUCAUGGGAAGGGAGAAAGAACGAUAAAGGAAACAGCAAGUCUGGUAGGACUAACAUUACCAGAUGAUCGGGCAAGAGAAGAUCCUUUAAAGUAGUAAUAUAUGUUUUACACUAAUAGAAGGAAAUAGAAAACUUUAUUUCACAUUUAUAAAUUACUAUAAAAUUGAGAUUAGUAACAUCGUGUUAGUUAGCCAUGAACUCUUAGGUACAAUUGCGUGGAUAUCAGUUCGUUGAAAAUGUAACGUUACAAAUACAGAUAAUAAAAUUCUUCUCUUGUCUGUUGUA